AUGGCCGGUGUCAUCGAACCUUCGCACGCCGCGGGCGUGGACGCCGCCGCUCCUCGCGAGCUGACCGGUGCCGACAUCAAGCACAACAAGACCUCGGGAGGAAACGCAGCCUUCCAUAACUUCAACAACGACUUCGCUCACGUCGCCGACGCCAACGAGCGCCGUCGCCUUGCUUUGGCCGAGAUCGACAAGGCGCCUUUCGGCUGGUACCACGUUCGUGCCAUCGUUGUCGCUGGUAUUGGUUUCUUUACCGAUUCGUACGAUAUCUUCACCAUCGGUCUCGUCACCUCCAUGCUGGGCAUAGUGUACUUCGGCGGCACUCUUCCUGCCGAGCACGACACCGCUAUCAAGGUCGCUACCUCCGCCGGCACCGUUGUUGGUCAGGUCGGAUUUGGUGUUCUGGCUGAUAUCGUCGGUCGCAAGAAGAUGGUAGGCGCUCGCAGCUUCAUUGACGUCGCGAAAGAGAAGAGGUAG